AUGGAGUCUACAGACGAACACACAGAGUACAGCUCUCCUCCGGCGCAAACAAAGGAUAACGAUUCACUCAUGAUAUCAGAUGACGAAGAUUCCGAUGCUGUCUCCGGUCACAGUUUUCAAGAUGAGAAACCGCCACAGCUGUCGCCAGCGCCAGACCUGGAAGCCGUCGACACCGCCAGCAACUCGAGUAAACAAGGCACCGACUAUGAAAUAACAGAAAAGCUUGGAGCAAUCGAAAUUGGGCUUCCUAUAGUUUCCCAAGAGUUGCUCAAUGAGUUUAAAGUCGUCGAGAGUUCCAUAAUAGAACGAAUCGUCGACCAGUCGGGCAGUGGCCUCGACGCACUUUACACUGUUGAGUUUAGUGAUGGCCGAGAAGAUGUGAUCAAGCACGUCAACCUCUUCACAUUCUCAAACGCGGAGGAGGCCCUAUUCGAAUUCAUGGACGCCGCCGAUCACAUACAAUCGUCGCACAAGAGACGAAAAACCUACGUUUUUGAUGAUGGCUCAGAUAACGAAGAUGCCGCUAGCACCAACUCUGUCUCAUCUGCUUCAUCACUCAUAUCAUCUUUAAUACCACGCCGCACGCGCCGGCACCGGCAAGUCGUCCACGAUAGUGACUCUGUGCCGUCGGAUAUCACACAUCGACAACGCAGCCUUCGGAAACGAGAACAUAAAUCGGUCAACCUCACAAGGUUAUCGCAAGCAAGCGUAGGGAUGGUUACGAUGAGCGACGACUCUGAUAUAGACCCUCUUCAAGAUGAAGACGACUUCUACCCAAUCCGGUCGGAUUUCGCAUUGCCGGGCAGACCUAGAAGGGGCAUGGCUAGACGGAAACCUGUUCGAUUACAGCGACGUUCCCAUAACGAUGCAGAUGUACGACGCUCUGGCCGCGCUACAAAGAACACGGCUAGCAUGGUUGAGGAUGACCUCGACGAUAUCCUAUACGAUGAACGCAUAGUGAAAACAUCCGAUACUCCCAAAAUACAUAGCAUCAAAGAAGUGUUCGAAGAUAUAUCUGUAACCUCUGAAUUCGGUUCUGUCCACCUGAGACAGUGUAUUUCAUGUGGUCAGAGCGGACGACGAGGCCAGCUAGUUUUCUGCCAGGGCUGUACAACGGCGGUACACAAGCAUUGUCUUGGUCCUCGCAGUGCUCGAGAUCAUCUCGUGACGAAGGUUGGAACGGAUCAAUUUGUCCUCCAAUGCAAGUAUUGCACCGGUACAUACACAAAGAACGACAAGAAGGCUCCAUCAUAUUCAAGAUGCCAGCAGUGCAAAGCAGACGGUCGAGCAUGCAAAGCGUUUUCAAAGCGCCAAAGAGCAAAGCAGGAAGAAAAGCUACGUUUAGAACAUGAUGGCAUUGAUCCAAUCACUGUUGUCGAGGAUUCACUGAUCAACAAUGGAGAAAAUGUUCUCUUUCGAUGUAAUGGCUGCCACAGAGCAUGGCAUCAGGAUCAUCUCCCCGCACUUGGCAAACGGAUUACAUCAGACGAGAUUCAACCCGGAUCAAUGGAAGACUACAUGGUUGACUCGACUUGUAAUCAGUGCUCUGCUGCGCCAGGAAAGAUACACCAAAUAGUAGCCUGGCGGCCAUCAGAUAUGUCGACUUAUGCGCCGACUCUUGUGCAUGCUGACGUAUCAGAAGAUGAAAAGAACUACUUGAUAAAAUGGGAACACAAGUCCCAUUUCCACUGCACAUGGGUUCCAGGCUCAUGGCUCUACGGUUUUGCCCAUGGGACAAUGAGAUCUUCCUUUGCUAAACGCGCGGCGGAACAGCCCCUUUGCAAGGGAAGCGAGAAGGAUGCCAUCCCCGCCGAUUAUCUGACAGCAGACAUCAUAUUUGCCCUCAAAUUAAACCACAACGCAAGCAUGCCUAAAACGAAGGAAGCUGCUCUCAAAGCGGUUAGCAGUGUUAAGCGUAUGCUGGUCAGGUUUCGAGGCCUCAGCUACGAUUUUGUUGUUUGGGAUUCGCCGCCAACAAAGGAAAUGGGGUUUCUGUAUGAAGCGUUUCAAGAUGCGUAUAAGCAGUACGUCGAUGGUCAAUUCUUUGUAAACGAAGCCCCGAAUAUCAUCAGAGAGCGUCUGCGGAAAAUGCGGCUUGGCAAACCGCCACAGAUAACGGGCCAGCCUACGUAUAUUAAGGGAGGCAGUCUUAUGGACUAUCAGAUAGAAGGCGUCAACUGGAUGCUGGACAACUUUCACGAAUCUAAAAGUGUCAUUUUAGCAGAUGAGAUGGGCCUUGGAAAGACUGUCCAGGUGAUCAGCUUCAUCGCAACAUUAAUCCAUGACACACCAAAAUGUUAUCCGUUCCUGGUUGUCGUCCCAAACGCUACCUGUGGUAAUUGGCGCCGGGAAUUCAAGCAAUGGGCUCCUGAUUUACGCGUCGUCUCUUAUCAUGGAGGAAAGGUUUCCCAAGAAUAUGCAUACAAGUACGAGCUUUUCCCGAACGGUGCUGAUGAUAUGAAGGCUCACGUUGUCGUCAUGUCGUAUGACUCUGCCCAAGAUCCUGCAACCCAUGGCAAGUUCAAAAGGGUGCAGUGGGCAGGCUUGGUGGUAGACGAGGGACAACGCCUUAAGAAUGACGAGAACCAACUAUAUACAGCUCUGUCGGCGAUCAAGCUUCCGUUCCAACUCCUUCUUACCGGUACACCGCUGCAGAACAACACAAAGGAGCUUUUUAACCUUCUUCAGUUUAUAGACCGGAAUCAGAAUGCUGAUAAGCUGGGAGAGGAGUACGCCGUCUUGACCAAGGACAAUCUUCCGAAAUUGCAUGAGAAGAUUCGGCCAUACUUUCUACGUCGCACCAAAGCCGGCGUAUUAACAUUUCUACCACCAAUGCGCCAAAUUAUCGUCCCAGUCACCAUGACUGCACUUCAAGCGAAGUUAUCCAAGACUAUUAUGUCCAAGAACCCCCAAUUGAUCAAGGCUAUGUUUGCGAAACGCGAGCUAACCCGUUCCGAAAAAGGAAGCCUGAAUAAUAUACUGAUGCAGUUACGCAAAUGCCUAUGCCAUCCGUUCGUUUACUCAACGGCAAUUGAAGAAACAUACCACGAUGCCGCUAUCCUGCACCAGAAUCUGAUACAUGCAUCGGCUAAGCUUGAGCUUCUCAAUAUCAUGCUUCCAAAACUGAGGGACAACGGCCACCGGGUUCUCAUCUUCAGUCAGUUUCUCAUUCAGCUUGACAUCAUGGAAGAGUACAUGGCCGGGAUGCGGUAUAAUUUCCAAAGACUCGAUGGCUCCAUGACAAGUCUGGAAAAGCAACAGUGUAUUGAGGCUUUCAAUGCUCCUGAUUCGCCUGCAUUUGUUAUGCUUUUGUCAACGCGUGCCGGUGGCGUCGGAAUUAAUCUCGCUACGGCAGACACUGUUAUUGUCAUGGAUCCCGAUUUCAAUCCUCACCAAGAUAUGCAAGCAUUUGCUCGAGCGCAUCGUAUUGGCCAGAAGAAGAGUGUCCUCUGCUUUCAGCUCAUGACAAAGGGAACUGUGGAAGAGCGCAUCAUGCAAAUGGGCCGACGCAAAAUGGCCCUUGACCAUGCUCUCAUUGAAACCAUGGAUGAUGAGAAUUUAGAAGCGGAAGAUAUUGAAUCUAUUCUCAAACAUGGUGCAGAAGCUCUAUUCAAUGAUGACUACCAAAAAACAGCCAUCAAGUACACAUCUGCAGCCGUUGACAAGCUCCUCGAUCGGUCUGAUCUUUUAGUCACAGCCGCCGCGACGACCGAACAGCCCCAGUUCCCAUACGGCCAAGUUUGGGAUAAUUCAAAUUCCAGCCUUGAAGACGUGGGGAAUAUUGAUGACGAUGAACUUAUUGAUGAUGACGCAUCCAGAGGAUUCUGGGACAAGAUCUUGGCUCAAAGAGAAGAAGAGGCCCGGCGAGAAGCAGAGCUAUCGCAAGAAGUGCUUGGUCGCGGAGGACGAAGGCGAACCGAUGUUAACUACAACUCGCACGCCAACGAUCUCGGUCUGGAUGAAGACACUGACUCGCAGGACGACUUUGAAGAUGCCGCCCAGAGCGAGAGCGAGGAGGAUGUACCCGAGUUGCGGACCAAAGUUUCGAUGCUCGGCACGGACUCUGACAAUCUUCGGCUAGACAACGCCACCCGAGUUACCGGCUUAGCGGCCUCUCAACAAUAUCAGUCUGCUCAAGUCCAUUCACAGCCACUAGGUCUGCCAACAAACCGUCCAACAGAUAUCCCAACAGACGUUUCUAUCGACGUUUCAAAAGCCCCGCCCAAAGGCUUACAAGGCAAAAGAAAGGGGAAGCAGCCUUUGCUAAAUCGCAAACGCCCGCUUCUGUCACCGGAAGACCAGAUGGCAGUGGUUAAUAUGGCGACAAGACAUGCUAUGGGCAAAACCUCUUUUCGUGUCCGUUUGAACAGCGUUACAAGCCUACCCACACAGUCUGCACUGAGCCAUCUUGCUCGCUCUUGGGACCCAAACCCUCCACCGCCGCCAGCACGCACAGUCGUGAAGUCUCAAAAGGCUGAAACAGUGCCAUUAGCACAAGAUGGCCAAACGAAACCAGAAGCAGUCAUAUCCAGCGUUGUUCCACCAGGACCGCAGGUAGUAACGAUAACCGACAGUCCGCCCAAGCCCAAGCGAGCGAAAGUAGAUGGGAUGGGGAUAUUAAAAGCCAUUCUAACAACGAUGGACCCAAAUUCAGACACCAUCAAGAUAGGAUUUGGGGCCUAUUUACAAACGAUAUCCACAGAAGCAGAAGCACGAAUUGGCAUUGACAUUGUGGGCAGACACAUGAGGCAAGGAUCACUCAAGACAACGUGGCUAGCCGCGAUGAACAACAAGUUGCGCUUCAUUGUCACAAACAAGGCGGAUAUCGGCGAACGGGUACGGCGCGCUGCGUGGAUGAACAAUGCGGCAGGUAGCGCAGCAUUGCCUAGGGCAUCUAGCCCAGACGUUAUUGAUUUGGAGCCAGAAACACCACCUAAGAAGCCGUCUCCGGAAAUUAUUGAUUUGGAAGCAGAAGACCGUGACUAAGACUUGGGUCGGCUAUUUGAUUGUUUCCUUUGCUCUUUUAGAUGAUAUCCUCCUACGGUGACGUAGUGACGCACGUGCACAUUACUUAGUGAUUGUAUUAUACAUUUUUAUACAUACACGUUUCCUAGAAAUAAUCUUGUGCAUGACGUGGCCAACGGAAUCCUUUGGGCGC